AUGCAAGCAUCAGGAAGUCAAUUAGGAUUUAUUGUUGAAAAUAUAGAUUGCAAUAAAGCUACUCCCGAGGAUAUAGAAAAAAUUAAAGCAGCCUUAUGGGAACACGGAACCAUUUGCUUAAAAAACUAAAAUCUUGAUGCUGGAUAGCAGGUAGAAUUUGCAUAAAAGUUUGGUUCCAUAAUUGUCCGUCCUCCUUACUAUGCUCCUGACUUCAGAGAACCUGGUCAUCCCGCAAUUAUAAGAGUUGGAAAUGUAGGCGUUGGUGGUGUGCCUCUUCAAAAGCCUCAAGACGCCGAACUCUGGCAUAAAGAUGGCUCCUUCGAACAACCAGGAAAGAAUUUCCUUCUUAGCUUCUUGCACCCAAAGAUUAUAACCCAGAUCGGAGGUUAAACUGGCUUUGUUGACUGCGAAGACACUUAUAAUAAAUUGCCUUCUGAAAUCAAAGAACAAUUGGAAGGUGCAACUGUUCUUGAAACAAGCAAAACGAACUCCUUUUUCAAUAACAUUAUGGAAGAGCAACACUUUGAGGACUCUCAUCAUAAGAUAUUCUAAAUCCAUCCAAUUUCAAAGAGACCUAUUCACUUCUUGACUCAUAGAAACUAUGAAAUUACCCUUAAAAACGGAGAAAAGGUAGACUCAACUCCUUUCGUAGAUGAGUUCGAAAAGUACUACAACAUCUACUCCCACAAAUGGAGUCCAGGUGAUUUAGUUAUCUGGGAUAAUUAUAGAGUCAUACAUAAAUCUAUGGGAGGUUAUGGCAACUCUUAAAGACUUUUCUUCAGAGUAUAAUGUAGAGUUGAGCCUCCAUAUUGA